ACAGUAUUCAGGGUCUGAGUGUCAUAACCAUACCUCUCAUGCCUGAUAACGAGUGACCGGAAGUGAAUUAUUGUUACAUUACUUGGUAUAUCUACAAUAACAAUGGCAAAGAAGGCAUCACAUAAAGCCAGCAACACCGACGUGACGUAUACUAACUACACGGACCAUAAUAUCAUAUCAACGUCAACACAUUCCAUUCUCCAAAUGGGAAACAUUUGUACAGCCUACACCAUCAACGUCACCCGGGACUUCUUGGACGCCAUCAAAGACAAAGGUGGAAGUCUGACGUUUUCAGGGUCGGAACAACCACUGCUACGGCUGAAUUGGAAAGGAAACAAUGACGUCUCCCAAGCCUGCAUCACGAAGUGGAAGGUGGAUGUAUUGUCAGUUUUCAAGGGAUGUAAGAGUGCGAUUCUGCAGGAGAUCUCCAAAGACAUAUUUGAUCCUCUCCGCCGAGAGAUCAUCGAACGAAUAUAUCAAGAGCACGACGCCCUACUGUCAGCUUUACUUGGUGGAAGUUUGAUAUUUGUGUUCAUGCACAGAAACAGAAAUGAUGCAGAUAAGAUGAUCGAGAAGAAACACGAGAUAAACAAGAUCUUCCAGCAACUCAUCGGAAAUAUUGGCAACAGGGAGAUUAAGUUUGCUCUGUCUGCUGAAAGGUAAGAAAUCUUUACCCCUUUCUUUAU